AUGUCAGAGGACAGGAUUGUUGAGGGUUUGAACUACACAAGCAUCACCAUACAGAAUUUAUGCUGCAGAUGGACCAUCAGUGACUUCCAUUUAUUCCUGGAGGAAAUGCAGGAAUGCAUUACAAGUCCAACAUUUCCAACAGGAGGCAAUGACAAAUGGUGUUUGAGAGUUGGCAAAGAAAGCGCAGAUUACUUGUCAGUUUACAUAGGGUUGCUCAGCAGUCUAAAUACUCAUAUUUGGGCAAAGUUCCAGCUGUGGAUCUUAGGCACUGAAGGGGAGAAAGUCCUUGGAAUGGGGACUGGAAGAGCCUCUAAGUUCCUGCCAGGCUAUGAAUGCGGAUUCAAAAGGUUCAUCUUCAUAGAUUAUAUCAAAGACCAUGUGCAUUGCCUCCUCCCUCAAAACAAGCUCACCAUCUUCUGCAAAGUGACACUGUUCCAAGACUCCUUCAGCAUCAGUGACCAGAACAGGGAUCCAGGGAUCCAGGUUCCAAGGUGUACAAUGGCAGAUGAGCUAGGAAAACUGUGGGAGAAUUCCCUCUUCACAGACUGCCUCCUGGUCGUAGCUGGCCAGGAAUUCCGGGCUCACAAGGCCAUCUUAGCAGCUCGCUCUCCAGUUUUCAGAGCCAUGUUUCAACAUGACAUGGAGGAGAGCAGAACAAACCGCGUUGAGAUACAUGAUCUGGAUCCUCGAGGCUUCAAGGCAAUGAUGGGCUUCAUUUAUACCGGGAAGGCACCAGACCUCCACAACAUGGCAGAUUCUGUGCUUGCAGCUGCUGACAAGUAUGGCCUGGAGCGUUUGAAGGUCAUUUGUGAGCAUGCCCUCUACAAAGACCUCUCUGUGGAGAAUGCUGCCCACACUCUCUUCCUGGCUGACCUCCACAGUGCAGGACAGCUGAAAACCCAGGCACUGAAUUUCAUUAGAGCAAAUGCUUCUGAAGUUUCUGAGACCUCAGGCUGGAAGACAAUGGUGGGUUCAUAUCCUCACUUGGUGGCUGAAGCAUGCCCUAGCAUGGCUUUUACCAUGGGUCCUGUCCUGGAACCUCCUCUCAAAUGCUUGAAGAGAUGCUAG